AAACAAGAUGGGAAUAAGAUCGAGGAGGGGAACCAGGGACUGGGCGGCGCUGCCCCUCGACGUGCUAUGGACCAUCCUGAGCCUGGUCCCGCAAGACGACAUCCUCCGCACAGCUGGGCUCGUGUGCGCCUCCUGGCGGCGGCUAGCCCUCGACGAGCCGCUGCUGUGGCGGCGUAUCGACCUCCCCGCCGAAAAGGACAAGGACGGAAACCCGCCGGCGACGUGGAAGGCGAGGGCGUGUGCCGCCGUGCGGCGCAGCGCCGGCCGCUGCGAGUCCUACCGCGGCCGCGUCAACCGUGACUUCCUGCUCUUCCUCGCCGGCAACGCGCCGUCGCUGCGGAGCCUCCACGUGACGAGCCGGUUUGACAUGCUCGACGAGAAGUUCAUGACGGUGCUGGCGAAGAAGCUCCCUAUGCUGGAGGAACUCGUGAUGUCGAAAGGCCGGAUCGAGCACUCCUCCUUGGCCGCUCUCGUCGACCACUGCCCACGGCUCCAGCUGCUUGACGCCGGCGGCUGUCACACUUUCAAUUCGAUCGGCGAGUCGCUUCAGGCGAGACUGGAGAGCAAGAUCAAGCAUCUCCGGCUGCCGCGCCUGCAGGAUGUCCGCUUUAGAGGACGGAUAGGGCUGGUGCGGGCGGUUCCUUUUCCUCCUCCGACGGGUCGUUUGGGCCGACAACUAAAACCGGUUGGGAUGUGAUGUAUUAGAUGAUCAUAUGGCUUU